ACAAAAACAAAAAUGGAGGCGGCCUCGUCGUCAGAAGUAUGUCAUCCUUCGGUACGCGGAUCCUUUUCCUCACUCCUCGUCCUCUUUUCAGCGCUUCUUCUACUUGAGCCUACGUCAGCCUCGUCCUUUGAGCACUCGUCCCCGUUGCCUCGACCUCCACAGAGGUGGAAAGACCAAAAGCUUCCCUUCCGGUACUCAGUGGUAGCAAACGGACCCCGUGAUCUGGCC